AUGGCCGCUAAGAAGAACAGUUCCAAGGCUUCAAAGGCUCCUAAGAACAACAGUUCAAAGGCCCUUCAAGCUAAGGUUGUACGUUUCAAGUCUUCAACCAUUGCAAAUCCUGGCUCUGGAUCUCAUGCUAGAAGUGGUGGUCCAAUAACUCGAAGCAAGUCAAAGGCUGCAGCACAAGCAUAUGCACAAGCCUCGCUUCUACCUAAACCAAACUCUGCCGUUGGUGCUGAUCUACAGAAAGCAUCGCUAACCUUCACAAGCUCACCAAAAGGGAAGGAAGGCGUCUCUACCAUGGAGGCAGCAAAAGACAUGGCAGCCAUCAUUGACAAUCCCUUUGUUUAUCCUCCCAUGCUUCUUGAGUCUGCUUCAGAAAUUCAGAAGAACACGGAAGAAGGCUAUUCAUGCAGUUCUGACUCCACCUCUUCUCGAAGCACUCCUCUGUCAAACCUCAAUGCCUUCACCAAGUCUGUCAGUUCUUCAAUCAUGGAUGUUAUGACGAUAAAUGCGGUCAAUCUAGAAGAGCAGGUUGCUUCCUUGGCCAAAGCAAUUGAGGGCUUGUCAAAAACCGUAGAAGAGCGCGAUUCAGAAAUUGCCUUCCUCAAGAACAAAAUAGAAACUAUGGGGGAUUCAAGUCAAAUUGGGUCUUCAAACAAACAUAAGGAGGUACCAAAAGAAUUUUCGCUUUCUGGUGAUGGUACAAUUCCCAUGGAUCAGCUGAAGGAUUUCAUUUUAGGCACUAUCAAGCAAAAGUAUGAGGAGGCACCGAAGUCUUCUUCUACUUAUGCUAAGCCUUAUACUCGAAGGAUCGACCUUUUGAGGAUGCAUGUUGGCUACCAGCCACCAAAGUUUCAACAAUUCGAGGGCAAAGGCAACCCAAAGCAGCACAUUGCUCACUUUGUGGAAACAUGCAACAAUGCUGGAACUGAUGGUGAUCUUCUCGUCAAGCAGUUUGUUCGAACGCUCAAGGGCAAUGCUUUCGACUGGUAUUGCGACCUUGAACCCGGCACGAUUGACAAUUGGGAGCAGCUGGAACAAGAAUUUCUUAACCGUUUCUACAGCACUCGUCGUAUUGUUAGUAUGUUCGAGCUUACGAAUGCUCGCCAAUGGAAGGAUGAGCCUGUCAUUGAUUACAUCAAUAGAUGGCGACACUUGAGUCUAAACUGCAAGGAUAGGCUGUCUGAAACUUCUGGAAUCGAGAUGUGCAUCAAAGGCAUGCAGUGGGAUCUACAAUACAUUCUUCAAGGAAUCCUACCUAAAACUUUCGAAGAAUUGGCUACUAGAGCUCAUGACAUGGAGCUCACCAUCACGGCAAAUGGAAGGCAAGGGCUACCAGUGCAAGACUCUCGCAGAGCGCAAGAUUCUCGCACCGUAGGAAGCAAGCCAGAUAUUCGCAAAGGGGGCAAAUUUCUAGUCAAAGAAGGAAAAAAAAGAAUCCAUGGCUGUGAAUGCUGCACCAUUCAAGAUCUCUACUAA